GGAUAUUCAUUGAUUUUCAAGCACUGUCGCAAUGGCAUAUCAAGCGCAUGGCCAGACGCAAUACCCAAAAUCGCAUGGUGAUACUGCCCCUCCAUAUGCCGAUAACAUCGCCCUCAACUCCAGCAUAAACAACGAUUCACCUCAGAAAUUAUCACAGUACUCGAGAUUUGAUCCGCGAGGAUGGAGAACCCGCACAAGACUCAUUGCUGCUGGCGGCAUUGUGGUGAUAAUCAUUGCGAUCAUUGUCGGCGCAUAUGAGGGUUGGAAAGCGAACCGAUACCCGAAUUAUUCGGCGCUUACAUAUUCAUUGAAGGAUACCUAUGAAGGAGAGAACUUUUUUGAUAAUUUCUGGUAUUGGUCCGAUGCGGAUCCAACAGGGGGUUUUGUUUUCUAUCUGCAGAGGGCAAACGCAGUUUGGUCUAACCUCACAUAUGCGACCAAGGACUCGGCCGUGAUCAAGGUUGAUACUAGUUAUCCAAACACCAUCGGUGGACGCAACUCCGUUCGCAUCCAGUCCAACAACACGUACAACAAUGGUCUAUUCAUCUUUGAUAUCCUUCACACGCCUUAUGGUUGCGGUACAUGGCCUGCAUUGUGGCUUGCGGAUUCGAGCAAUUGGCCGACCAAUGGCGAGAUUGAUGUUAUCGAAGCUACGAACAAUGGUACCUGGGGAAAUAGUAUGACUUUGCAUACAACGGACGGCUGCAGCAUGGGCGUAAAACGCAAGGAAACGGGUAAAGUUACAUCGAAAAACUGCUACAACGGCACGAACUCCAACGAGGGAUGCGGCGUGUCUAGUACCACUGCUUCCUAUGGCCCUGAAUUUAACAAAAACGGCGGAGGGGUCUACGCUACUGAACUUCGUGACGCUGGUAUCCGUAUCUGGUGGUGGCCUCGCAACUCCAUUCCAUCUGAUAUCGCCGACGGCAAGCCCGACCCGUCAACCUGGGGUGAAGCUACGGCGGAUUUCCCUUCUACAGACUGCAGCAUUUCAUCUCAUUUCCGGAAUCAAAGUAUCAUUGCCAACAUUGAUUUAUGUGGAUCACUGGCUGCAGCCGACAGGUACUACAUUGAUCAGGCACAAUGUCCGAGUAAUUGUACGGCAUACGUGGCUGCGAAUCCUGGUGCAUUCGCAGAGGCAUAUUGGGAGUUUAAGAGUUUCAAGAAUUACCUCCAAGAAGCCAACACCUGGGGCAGCAGCUACGCCACCGAUCCUUAUGGUACCAACACCUACGGCACCAGCACCUACGGUGGCACCAGCUACAGCACCUACGGGGACACAACCGGCGGCGGCGCAAACCGUACAACCUACGACCCAACCACGGGUGCCUACGAUCAACACAUCGACUACGACGCCGAUGCCACCACGCGCCGCCAUCACCGCGAGCAGAUGGAUGAGUCCGGUCGAUACUAUCAUCGCGAUGUAGAUCGGGACACUACGGGAUUGGAUAAUACGACUCGCGUGCAUAAGGAGUAUUCGAAUCCUAAUACGGGAACGAGUUAUACUAGGGAUUCGGCGUAUGAUAGAAACAAUCUUGUUUGA